AUGAAGGCGGCAUGGGGGAACAUCACGGACGCCACCAAGGUGGCGGCGGCGCGGAUGAACAGCGACUAUAAGGACCUGGACGUGGCGAUCGUGAAGGCCACCAACCACGUGGAGUCGCCGCCAAAGGAGAAGCAUGUGCGGACGAUCUUCGCGUACACGUCAGCGUCUCGGCCGCGAGCUGACGUGGCGUAUACUAUCCAUCAGAUAGGCAAGCGGUUGGGCAAGACGCACAACUGGUGUGUGGCGCUCAAGUGUCUGAUGGUGAUGCACCGCACGUUGAGGGAGGGCGACCCCACGUUCAGGGAGGAGCUCAUUAACUACGAGCGCAGGGGGCGCACGCUAAACCUCUCCAACUUCAAGGACGAGUCCGGCCCUGCAGCGUGGGACUACAGCGCGUGGGUGCGCACGUACGCGCUGUACCUGGAGGAGCGCCUCGAGUGCUUCCGCACGCUCAAAUACGACGUGGAGGCUGAAAAGUCCUCGUCGCACAGCCGCACGCGGGAGCUGGACACACCCGACCUGCUGGACCACCUGCCCGCCCUGCAGUCGCUGCUGCACCGACUCAUGGGCUGCCAACCAGAGGGAGCAGCAGCGGGCAGCUUCGUCAUUCAAGCUGCGCUCGGCCUGGUGGUGAAGGAGAGCUUCAAGCUGUACCGUGCCAUCAACGAUGGCAUCAUCAACCUCGUUGACAAGUUCUUUGAGAUGUCGCGAGUGGAUGCUGCCAAGGCUCUUGCCAUCUACAAGCGGGCAGGCGAGCAGGCAGACCGGCUCUCAUCCUUCUACGACAUGUGCAAGGGCCUCGACCUCUCCAGAAGCUUCCAGUUCCCCACUCUCGACCAGCCGCCACAGUCGUUCCUGACGACCAUGGAGGAGUAUGUGCGCGAGGCUCCUCGCUCCGGAGGCAUGCCCGCUGAGUCCCACGCGUCGCACUCAGAGAGCGUGAGUCACAAGACACCCGGGACGGAGAGGAGGGAGAGGAGGGAGGCGAGGCGGAGGGAGGAGGAGGAGGAGGCACCGCCGCCCCCAGCACCUCCGGAACCGGAACCUGCACCUCCCCCACCUCCCCCUCCCCCUGCUCAAGACCUCCUAGUGGACGUGGCGGACGAGGUGGUGGCAGCGCCCCCUGAUGCAGCAGCCAUCGAGCAGCAGAACGCCCUCGCCCUCGCCAUCGUGCCCGAAGGCGGAGCCCCUGCGAGUGCGGCGCUGCACGAUGGCAGCACGGGGUGGGAGCUGGCGCUCGUCGCUGCACCCUCCUCCACUGCUGUCUCUGCUCCCAACCCCAACGCCAACUCCAAUCUGGCGGGCGGCUUUGACAAGCUGACACUGGACUCGCUGUACGAGGACGCCAUUCGCCGCUCCACCAACUCCUACCAGAACUCCUACGCCACCUCUGGCCCCGCCGCGCCCCCCUCCGCCAUGCUCGCGCUGCCCGCGCCCCCCGGUGCCUUCCAGGCCUCAGGCCCUGCUGCGCCGGGCAUGCAGGGCCCGCAUGAUCCGUUCUCAGCGUCGCGCCACGUGCCCCCGCCCACCAACGUGCAGCUCGCCACGCUCGCGCACCAGCAGCAGCAGGCGGGAGGGGGCUUUGGGCCGGGUGGAGGCAUGCAGCACAUGGGGGGGAUGCCUGGAGGGGGGUAUCCCGGGAAUGCAGGGCAAGGCUUUGGUGGUGGGUACCCUAUGGGUGGCGGCCCAGGGAUGGGUAUGGGCGUGCAGGGCGGCAUGGGCAUGCAGGGUGGUAUGGGCAUGGGCAUGGGGAUGGGCGGUCCUGGUGGGCCCCCAGUGAACCCCUUUGCCAACCCGUAUGGCCCGCCCACUACAUACGGGUCGGUGGGCAUGCCCCCCCAUGGUGCUCCUGCUGCUCCUGCCGCAGGGCCUGGAGGGUACCAGACCAACCCGUUCGGCAACCCCAGCCUGCUGUGA